AUGGUCGCCAGUUACAGCCCCAAUGCGGGCUACAAUACCAAGGAUCGUCGUCCAACGCCAACGCCCGAAACAGUGCCUCAGAUAUCCUAUUUGGCGCACGACAGCUGUCAGAAUGCGGAUGGAGAUGAGGAUGAGCUGCAAACACAAAAUGAAACCGAUGACAUCAUUAGCCAGGUGCUGGGCAACUUUGGCAUCUGGCAGCUGCGAUCUGUGCUGAUCAUCUUUCUGUGCAAAAUACCCGCCGCUUGGUUCAUGUCACUCCUCAUCUUCACGGCGACGGAACUGAAUCCGAAUGAGGAGUACUGGUGUGAUACGAGUGCUUUUGGGGAUGCCGAGAACUGCAGCGUGUCGGAGGAUCAGUGCUAUGUGCUAGUCCCCUAUGGCGAUGCCAACUAUGCGAUACGCCAGUGCCAGAAGUUCCACUAUGAGCACAACUUUCGAUCGCUGAUCAUGGAGUUCGAUCUGGUCUGUCUGUGUGACAUAUUUGUGGCCUGGUCUCAGUACUGGCAUCUCUUUGGCAUGUUCCUGGGCGGUGUGGUUGCCAGUCGGCUGAUGCGUCUCCUCAGUCCACGCCGAGUGUAUAUCGUUGGCAUAUGGGGUCUGCUCGCCUGUGGCACAGCUACGGGUCUCGUCAACGAUUUCAGUUUGCAUUGCUCCUUUCGCUGCCUGUCUGCCGUCUGCUGCUGCUUCAUGAUGACUUCCGGACAGGUUAUAUUCAGUGACAUUACGGCGGGCAAAUAUCGCAAAGGGGUGCUGUUGCUCUAUGAGACCUUCUGGUCAGUGGGUCUUAUGCUACUGCCCGCCAUUGCUACAUUUGCUCAGAGCUGGCGUCAGGUGUAUGGAGGCAUAACAUCACUACCAUUUAUCAUAGUCCUGCUGCUGCCCUGGUUACCGGACUCGCCUCGCUGGCUGCUGCAACAUGCCGAGCCCACUGCUGCAGUGGAGCAUGUCAUGGAUCUGGUGCUGAGGGCAGCCCGCCUCAAUGAGCACUGCUCGAGAGUGCCCAUCGACCUGUACACGCAGCUGGAACUGCUUGGCGAGCGACUACGCGAAGAGUCGCCUCCAGCACGCUGGUUGGAACUCUGGCGUGGCCAUAGCCAUGCCAAGCUGCUCAUGCUGGCCACACAUAUGGCCUUGGCCACAUUUCUUAUUAGCCACAUUGGAUUGCUGCUGAACACACGCUCCUUUGGCCGCGACUAUCUGGCACCCAAUACCAUUUGUAUGGGCCUGGCCGAAAUUGUGGGCUGCCUGUUAGCCCUAUACUUGAGCCAGAAACAUGAUUCAUGGAAGUGGCAGUGGGCGGGUGGAUUCUGCAUUGUGGCUGGAGCUAUUGGCUGCGUCUGCUGGCUAUGCCAAGAUGCUGAAAUGCCACCAGUCUAUGAGAAUGUCCUGUGGAUGUUCUUUGCUGCUCUGCCCAAGGCAGCUGUGUCCUGUGGCCAAGCUUUGCUUAUUGCUUGCAUGUCUGAAUCUCUGCCGGCCGAGAAACGUGGCCCGUUUGCCUUCUCUGUGAUCACCUGGGCGCGUGUCUGGUUGCUCUCUGCGUCGUUUCUUACGGUGCUCAAGCAGAUUAACAUUGCGUUAUCCUUGUCCACAUUUUAUGUUUUGGUCAUUUUGGGCGGCAUUUGUACCUGCUGCUUGCGUACGCCACAAGGAAAGCAGCCGGAGGAGAGGCACCAACAGCGGGAAAAGGAAGCUGACAGGUUCAGUACGCAUUUGUAA